AUGCAUCGCUACAUCCCUUACCGAGACUCGGAGACUCCCCUGUCCGACAAGAUCCGGCUGAAAGCCUUGCGGCCGCCACCAUCCCCGCCAUCAUCCCCGCCAUUAUCCAUGCGCCCCAUUAUCUCCGUUGGACGUCCGUCGGUUUUGGCCCCUGUCACGCCGGAACCGCCAGUCAGAGCCCGAGCUGGUGGCCGGCGGGUGUCCACUCGGUUUUUCGGCCCUCGGCCGAAGGAGGAGGACGACCAGAGACGACACGAGGGGAGGCUCGCCGAUGCGCUCAAGAUCGACCAGACGGCCAAGGUCCUUCAAAUAGGGCUCCCUUCACCCUCGAGCAGUCCCUCAAGGUCUCGGCCUACGCUUGAGACGGUAAGGACUCUAGGCAGCAACCUGCCUUCGGGACCCUACCGAGUGCUCCAGGCACCAGAGCUCGAAGACGACUACUACCGCUCCCUGCUGGCAUACUCUCCGACCUGCAAAUGCUUGGCCGUCGCCUUAGGCAACACGGUCUACAAAUGGUCGGAACAGCAUGAUCCCCAGCCCGUCUACCGCGCGCCCCGUCAGCGACAAAAUAGCUUGACGUCCCUUUCUUUCUCCUCUGAAGAGGGCGGCAAGGCCAUUCUUGCCUUUGGCAGGAAGGACGGUUUCUUCGGUCUGCUGUCGUUCAUUGACGAAAUCCUACCCAGGUUCUAG